AUGCAGCGUACCUCUGCCUCAAUUCCAAGCCUUUCAACGUUAUCCAGAACAUCCAAACUGCAAGCUGUAUACCGUAUAGAGCUCUCACGUCAUGCCCUCCGCCGAAGCUUCUCCAUCUCUCCAUCCCUGAACAAAAGCAAGAAACGGGACAAUGGGAGGACAGCAGACUCUGGACUAAAGUCUAAUGCAAACGCCGGCCCUGAAGACCCCCUAGAUCUUACACAGCUUGAACUUGGAAUUGCAAACGCGGUCUCUCGGCUGAAGGAUGAGCUCUCCAAACUCCGUAUGGGCGGAAGGCUAAGCCCUGAGACCAUAGAGGCCCUUCGCGUGCAGCUGGGCAAGGGGUCCAAGGAAACGGCGAAGCUCGGGGAAUUGGCCCAGGUUGUCCCCAAGGGCGGACGCCUGGUGGCCGUCCUUGUCUCGGAAGAAAGUUACAUCAAGCCCAUAUCCUCAGCAAUCCUCGGCUCCAACCUAUCUCUUACUCCGCAACAAGAUCCCCACAAUGUCCUGCAGCUCAACAUUCCAAUACCACCUCCGACCAAAGAAUCUAGAGAUCAGACUGUCCUUGCUGCAAAGGCAACCAUGGAGAAAGCAGCAAGUAAUGUUCGUGAUUCACGGGGUGCCGUCCAUAAACGCCUCCAGGAGAGUAUCAAGAAGAGGCUUGCUCGACCAGAUGAUGCCCGAAAGUCCCAAGACAAGAUGGAGAAGAUAGCGGAAAAGGGACAGAAAGAAGUGAAGGAGCUUUUUGAGGCUGCCAAGAAAGCGAUGGAGCGAGCCUGA